GGCACUUCUGUUCAUCAGACUGGAGUUCAACACCACAAAGCCAGCUCCUCCUGAGGAAGUGGUUCUGAAAAUGGCCAAUGAAUUGUUUCUGAUGCCCUUCAAGUCAGAGAGAACCUAUCGAGUGUCAGUCAGAAACAUCUCUUAUGAGAGGAUGAGUGAAUAUUCAUUUGCCAUUAUUCUGGGCUUCAAUUUGAGCAGUCUGCCUGUUACAGAAAGCUUUGAAUUCACAAAUGGAACGUACACUGAAAUUGAAAGCGCUGUCAAUUCCUUGCUGAGUCAAAUCCUUGGAAAACCAGAUUCCAGCGUGUUCACAUUCCCUCCUACAAAAUUCACCAAUAUGAGUAGUGUGAUUUAUGCCAAUGUGAUGUACAGAUUUGAAGAAGGAGACAUCAAGAUUCCCAGUAAUUUCCUGGCCGAGAUUCUCAAAAUCAGUGGCGAUCUGACUACAACAGGAGCUCCCAGUACUUCUGUCCUCCUAAUCUCAUUAGCAUCCACCACAGCCAGUAAAGGGGGUUUCCCAGGCUGGGCCCUGGCUAUCAUCAUCCCCUGUGGGAUUGCAAUCCUCCUCUUGCCCCUCUGGAUCCUUCUGUGUUGUCUGCAAUGUCGCUGCUGUGCCGCUUGCAGACGGAGAUGGCGUCGAAGACAAUCUUACCAAGUGCAGUACCAACAGGAAAUGUUCAAAGAGGCAACUUCACUUUUCUAAGAGUGACGUUUAAGCAGUACAAAAAAGCAUGUCUUCAUUUUCUAUAUAAAAUGGAACACAGUAAUUUUCAAUCCAAUUAUACUCACCGCCCAGCCUGUCUGUAUUAGGAAAAGAGUAUUUUAUUUUUUUAUAUAUGUAUUUACAGUAGAUGUUACUUUUUUUGUGAAGUGAUUGAAUUUCACUUAUUUUGGUUCAACUGAUUCUUUGUCAACCCCAGGAUUCAGAAGCUGUCCUCUUCUCCCUUCUAGCACAAUACUGCAAAACUGCAGCUCCCAUUUAAAGGAGAGAAAUUGCACCACUCAAAAAAAAGGUAAAAAAUCAAAUCCUAACAUAGUGUUACAGUACUAGACGACCCACCGACUUCACAGCCUUAAACAGUUCUGCCAUCAGAACUACAUUUCCCAUAAUCCUCUGUUGACAGAGGAGGUGUGUGUCCUGAGGGACUUUACCUCUCAGAGUCCCAUAAUCGCUAAAAAAGCCUUUUACAGACUCCUAACACUUGAUAUAGCAAAACAAAUCUGUUGUGAAAUGUAUGAGCAUUGUUACUCAUUCUAUGUACUGAACAGUGAAAUUAAAGAGAGAGAAUCUGAUAAU